UCAAAGCCUCACCCUCUCCCAUCCUCUUUGCUGUCACACGCACUCAGAGACGACGACGGCGUCGCAGCGAUUCUUCGGCUCCGGUUUCAUCGCCGGCGGUAUUUUCCGUUAUAGUCCCCUUUGAGUCUCCAACUUUGUCCCUCACAUUUCCUGUAAGUCAAUCUAUACUCCUUUCCAAUCUAUUCUCCGGAAAUAAAUUAAGAGGACGAAAAGGGAAAAAAGAUUUAUGCAUGUUGAUUCGAUUGAGAUAAUAAUCGAUGGGGCACAAGAAGAAAAACGCUGCUCCGCGUUCCAAACAGCCGACUGUGCCGGCGCCGGCGCCGGUGGAGGUUGUUAACGGAGCAGAUGAAGAUAAUUUGAGUAAAAAUAAUACGAAGAUCGAGGUAGUGGCCGUUCCGGUUGAAUCUGACGGUUCGUCUUCAUCGUCUUUGGUUAAGGUUGAGUGCGAGCGAGCCCUAACGGCACUCCGACGUGGCAACCAUACGAAAGCGCUUCGGUUGAUGAAAGAGUCGUGCACUCGUCACGAGAACUCGGCUCACGCUGCUCUAAUCCACCGCGUUCAAGGCACGGUCUGCCUGAAAGUGGCAUCCAUCAUGGAUGACCAGAAUGUCAAACAUCGACAUUUCAGGAACGCGAUAGAUUCAGCCAAAAAAGCUGUAGAACUAUCUCCGAACUCCAUCGAAUUUGCUCAUUUUUAUGCUAAUUUGCUAUAUGAAGCGGCUAACGAUGGAAAAGAGUAUGAAGAAGUGAUUCAGGAAUGCGAGCGCGCUUUGGCAGUUGAGAAUCCAGUGGAUCCCGCUAAAGAAAGCUUACAAGAAGAAACUCAACAGAAAAUACCAACUGCGGAAGCAAGGAUUUUGCACGUGCAAAGUGAGCUUAGGUCAUUGAUACAGAAAUCGAAUAUAGCUUCAAUUUCUACUUGGAUGAAGAGCUUAGGGAGUGGAGAAGAGAAGUUUAGAUUAAUUCCGGUUCGGAGAGUACAUGAGGAUCCAAUGGAGGUUCAACUAGUGCAAACGAGAAGGCCUAAUGAGAUUAAGAAAGCUACAAAAACGCCAGAAGAAAGAAGGAAAGAAAUUGAGGUUAGAGUUGCUGCUGCUAGGUUGUUGCAGCAGCAGAAAUCUGAAGCAGCUUCUUCUUCACCUCUGUUGCAAAGCAAGGGUGAUAAGAAUGGGAUGGAUUUACCUUUGGGAAGUGGUAGGAGGAGGAGGAAGACUGCUUCUACAGCUGAAAGGAAAGAUUGGGUUCGAUCAUUUUGGAAUUCAAUGAGUAUUGGUUUGAAGAGAGAUCUGCUUAGGAUUAGGGUUAGUGAUCUCAAGGCAUAUUUUGGUUUGGUGAAAGAUGGAUUGGCAAGUGAUGUAUUAUCGGAGGCUUUAGAAUUUGCUGAGGUUAAAAAGACUUGGAAUUUUUGGCUUUGUUGUAGGUGUAGUGAAAAGUUUGCGGAUUCAGAGUCUCACAUGCAGCAUGUUGUUCAUGAGCAUAUGGGGAACCUCAUACCUAAAAUGCAGAACGCUUUGCCACAGAGUAUUGAUAGUGAGUGGAUAGAGAUGCUCCAUAACUGUUCUUGGAAGCCUUUGGAUAUUUCUGCUGCAGCUAAAAUGAUUGGGGACCAGUCUAAAUGCCAGACUUCAGAGUUAUCAGAGGAUUUUGUCUCAGGGAACUAUAAUGAGCAGUGUGAUGAUUGCUUCAAAGAUGCAUGGCCUGAGAAGGAAAUAUUUGUGGAUAGUUACAAUUGUGGUAGUGUAGAGGGCAAUGACUAUGACAAAGUUUCUAGCAUUGAGUGCAGAGGAUCCGAUGAAAACAAGUGUUCCAUGGCAUAUCCCCUUGCGGAUAGUUGGCCAACAGUGGACGAUGCCGAGCGUGCCAAGUUGCUUGAAAGAAUUCAUUCUACAUUUGAACAGCUUAUUGGACAUAAGUAUCUUGCGGUGAGCCAUCUUAACAAGGUUAUACAGUUCACAAUGGAUGAGUUGCGGAGUCUGGUUUCUGGUUGUCAGCUUCUGAAGCAUGGUGUAGAUCGAACUCCCAUGUGCAUCUGUUUUCUGGGAGCCACACAGCUCAGAAAAAUCCUUAAAUUCUUGCAGGACUUAUCUCAUGCUUGUGGCCUGACUAGAUAUUCUGAGAAGACUGCUCCUGCAGAUGAUGCAAAUGGUGCUACUAAGAUUCUUGAGGUUAAAGAGAAGAUUGUUCUUAAUGAAGAUUCUUCUUGUCUCCUCCUAGAUGAAAAUUUAUUAUCUGAUGCAGCAAUAGAAGAUUCGGUCCUGGAAAAUUCUUGUGGUAGCAAUGGGAAUGAGUUUGUACGGGAUGCUGAUGCUCUGUUGUCCUGGACCUUUUCAGGCCACUCAAGUGGGGAUCAAUUGGCAUCAUGGAUACAAAUGAAAGAAGAGAAAACACAGCAAGGAGUGGAAAUUCUCCAGAUUCUGGAGAAGGAGUUUUAUCACCUACAGAGUCUCUGUGAAAGAAAAUGUGACCAUAUAAGCUAUGAGGAAGCUUUGCAGGCUUUAGAGGAUCUUUGUCUUGAAGAAGGUAAGAAGAGGGAGACCGGCGCUGAAUUUGCCCAUCGAAGCUAUGAAUCUGUUCUUAGAAAGCGCAGAGAAGAACUUGUUGAGGCCGAGAAUGAUGUUAUGUUCCUUAGCAGUAGAUUUGAGUUAGAGGCUAUAGCAAAUGUUUUACAAGAAGCAGAAGCGCUGAAUGUCAAUCAAUUUGGUUAUGAGAAUACUUAUGCUGGUCUGACUUCUCAGCUAUGUGACUUAGAAUCUGGGGAAGAUGACUGGAGAGCCAAGGAUUAUCUGCAACAAGUGGACACCUGCAUAGAAGUUGCCAUUCAGAGACAGAAGGAACAAUUAUCAGUAGAGCUAAGCAAAAUUGAUGCACAAAUUAUGCGAAAUGUUACUGGGAUGCAGCAGAUGGAACUCAAACUUGAGCCUGUUUCUGCUCAUGAUUAUCAGUCAAUACUGUUGCCUUUAGUGAAAUCAUACUUGAGGGCACACUUAGAGGACCAGGCCAAAAAAGAUGCCACUGAGAAAUCUGAUGCUGUGAGAGAAGCUUUCUUGGCAGAGCUUGCACGUGAUUCUAAGAAGGGUGCUCGAGGAGGAAGUGAUAAUUCUAGAUAUUCACAGGAGAAAAUUAAGGAUAAGAAAAAGAACAAGGAGUUCAGAAAAUCCAAGGAUUCAAAGGCUUCUGGUGUAAAUGAGCUUCAUAUGCUGAAUGAUGAGACUGCUGAGAAAGUUUCUGUGGUUGUUGCUUCUGAUGGUAACCAUCUAGAUUCUGAAGUUUCUGUGAAUACUGAUGACUUAAAACAGAAAGAAGAGGAAUUUAGACGAAAAAUAGAACUUGAAGCAGAGGAAAGAAAGCUUGAGGAGACUUUGGAGUAUCAAAGACAGAUUGAGAAUGAGGCUAAACAAAAGCACCUUGCGGAGCAAAAUAAAAGAGCUAUUCAGGCAUAUGAAGAGAAAGCGCCCGAUGGAUUGCAUAAUGCUUAUUUGGAUGCUGGUAAUCUAGAUGUUCAGCAAUAUUUGGCAAUAAGGAGCAUAGUCACAAACAAUUUGGAUAGCGUACCAAUGAGCACUGCCAAUGGUUCAGCUGUGCCAGUGACUUCUAAUGCAUCUGGCACUCUUGCAAAUUUUAUACAAGGACUACCUAAUGGCGCAGUCCCGAAAGAUGGUUUGCUUCCUAGUGAGCAAUGGACAGGAAGAAAGGGUAGACAGCAUAAGGGUAACAACAAAUUUCUUGAUGGAAAGGAUCAACUCCUGUCAUUUGAAAGCCAAAACAUUCAAGUUAGAAGCUCUCAUAGCAAUGUGGAAGAGCAAGUUCGAUAUGUUGAUGGUGGCCCUGGGGAAGGUGGUACAAAGACUUUAAGACAACUGCAAGCUGAGGAAGAUGAUGAAGAAAGGUUCCAAGCAGACCUUAAGAAGGCCGUUCGCCAAAGCCUUGACACAUACCAAGCGCGACAGAGAUUGCCCUUGUCUUCAAGUUCGAGAACGGUACAAAGGGUACCUUUGGAUGUAAAAAACCAAGGUGUCUCAGCUAAUGAGGUCUCCAGUGAAGGUUUGAAUGAAACUGAUGUGUUUGGUACAGGUCUGCUGAAUGAAGUUGGCGAAUACAAUUGCUUUCUGAAUGUUAUUAUACAGUCAUUGUGGCACUUGAGACAAUUUCGUGAUGAAUUCUUGCGGAAAUCAGCAUCAAAUCAUGCUCACGUGGGAGAUCCAUGUGUUGUCUGUGCACUGUAUGAAAUUUUCACCGCCCUGAACAUUGCAUCUAGUGAUGUGCGGAGAGAACCUGUUGCCCCUACAUCACUUAGAAUAGCCCUUAGCAACUUGUAUCCAGAUAGUAACUUUUUCCAAGAGGCCCAAAUGAAUGAUGCUUCUGAAGUAUUGGCUGUAAUAUUUGAUUGCCUUCAUCAGUCUUUUACUUCUGGUUCGAGUGUUUCUGAUGCUGGUUCUAUGGACAGCAACUGCACGGGCUCAUGGGAUUGUGGGAACAGUACUUGUAUAGUGCAUUCUCUUUUUGGAAUGGAUAUUUUUGAACGAAUGAAUUGCUACAGUUGUGGUCUGGAGUCCAGACAUUUGAAAUACACUACAUUCUUUCAUAAUAUAAAUGCCAGUGCACUUCGAACAGUGAAGGUUAUGUGUGCCGAAAGCUCCUUUGAUGAGCUUUUAAAUCUUGUAGAGAUGAACCAUCAGUUAGCUUGUGAUCCAGAGGCCGGAGGCUGUGGGAAGCUCAACUAUGUCCAUCACAUUCUCUCAAAUCCACCGCAUGUUUUCACAACAGUUCUUGGUUGGCAGAAUACAUGUGAAGGUGCCGAUGACAUAGCAGCAACACUGUCUGCCUUAAAUAAUGUCAUAGAUAUUAGUGUGCUUUAUCGUGGACUAGAUCCCAAAAACAAGCAUAACUUAGUCUCAGUGGUUUGCUAUUAUGGGCAACAUUACCAUUGUUUCGCCUAUAGUCAUGAUCACGAAAGAUGGAUUAUGUAUGAUGACAAAACUGUCAAGGUAAUUGGUGGAUGGGCCGAUGUUCUUAUGAUGUGCGAACGGGGGCACUUGCAACCACAGGUUCUUUUCUUCGAAGCUGUAAACUAAACAAAUUUAUGUUGAAUCUUGUUAUAUUAUUUGAUACACCAGAUGAGUUUAACAUGGGUUUUGGCAUUGGAUGGCCUAAAAGUGGUGUGAGGUGUUGUUCGUAGUCGCAUUGCAGUUUAUACUGUAAAAAUAUGCGAAAUCGGUUCGUGAGGAAGUUUGAGAUGUUUAGUUAGAAAAUCCGAAGUUGUGAUAUUAAAAAGCGGGGUGGGGGAAGAGAAUUUUGGGAAUCAUUCGAGUUUUUUGUAGGAGAAAGUGAAUCAUUUUAAGGGAAGAAAUGUCGUAACAAAGAAUUUUCUUUAAAAUUUCGAGUUUAGUUUUUUUUGGUACUAUGGAACUUCCCGAUAAGGUGGCUCUGGUCGACGGAGGGGAAAAAAAAGCCGAAGAAUUAAAUGAUGGGGUGGCCUUGACUACGGCAUAUCAUUGAAUGUAGUGCUGCAAGGAUCAUUGGUAGGAGGAUAUAUAUAGCAAUUAUAAGCGGGGGAGUUAUCAGAUUUGGGAACUGUUCUAGAUGUUUAUUUUUCUUUGUUCGAAUAUUAUCCCCUAAUAUAUAUUCUGAAGAUGUCUAAGAAUGGAUUUACAUUAGGGUAUUCAACUCUUGAUAUUCCAGCUUACAUUAAAAUUUUGUUA